UUUCAGAAUUAGGGAAGGGCCGCGCUGGAGAGGGUGUGGUGGGAUUGGGGCGCCGCUCCGCUCCAGGUAAAGCGUACCUGGGCGGGCGCCAGUCUGGCCACGCCCUUUCUGCACGGCCGCCGUAAAGCGCGGCUGCGCAGCGUAGCCCCGCCCCUUCCGUCCCUCUUGUGACGCGGGCGCCCUGGGCUUUUUGAGCGGGAAAAAGCCGUCCGGAGCUCUAGUCUAUGCGUCUGUGACCGGCUGUUUUUGUGGUGGUUGCCCCCAGCCUAGCAUGGGGCUGCUGGAGCUAUGCGAGGAAGUGUUCGGUACCGUCGACCUUUACCGGGUGCUAGGCGUACGGCGCGAGGCAUCCGACAGCGAGGUCCGACGGGGCUAUCACAAAGUGUCCUUGCAGGUGCACCCGGACCGGGUGGGCGAGGGCGACAAGGAGGACGCCACCCGCCGCUUCCAGAUCCUGGGGAAAGUCUAUUCCGUUUUAAGUGACAAAGAACAGAGAGCAGUGUACGAUGAACAGGGAACAGUGGACGAGGACUCUGCUAUGCUCACGCAAGACCGGGAUUGGGAGGCAUAUUGGAGAUUACUCUUUAAAAAGAUAUCUCUAGAGGACAUUCAAGCCUUUGAAAAGACAUACAAAGGUUCUGAAGAAGAGCUGGCUGAUAUUAAACAGGCAUAUCUGGAUUUCAAGGGUGACAUGGAUCAGAUCAUGGAGUCUGUGCUUUGUGUGCAGUACACAGAGGAACCCAGGAUAAGGAAUAUUAUUCAGCAAGCUAUUGACACCGGAGAGGUCCCAUCCUAUAAUGCUUUUGUCAGAGAAUCAAAACAAAAGAUGAAUGCAAGGAAAAGGAGGGCUCAGGAAGAGGCCAGAGAAGCAGAAAUUAGCAGGAAGGAGUUGGGGCUCGAUGAAGGAGUAGAUAACUUGAAAGCAGUCAUUCAGAGCAGACAAAAGGAUCGGCAAAAGGAAAUGGACAAUUUUCUGGCUCAGAUGGAAGCAAAGUACUGCAAACCUUCCAAAGGAGGAGGGAAAAAAACGGCUCUCAAGAAAGAAAAAAAAUAAUGGAAUUUUUCUCUUCAAAGGACCUUAGGUGUUAAUUGGUUCCGUUGUAGGCAAGGUGUGGGCAAAAGUCAACCCAACCCUUGGAGGAGUUGUCUUCCCAGCCUAAAUUAUUCAGAUUGACUAAAUCAAGAAGAAUCUCUCAACCUGAUUUUAGUAUUUCCUAGAAAUCACCUGACAUUAUGUAAGUCUCUUGUGAAGGAAUUUGGUGGCGAUAAUUGGAAGAGCAGUAUAAUUCAUGACAGGACCUGCUUCCUUGGAUCUUGGAUCUUCUGUACAUGGAACUCUGUUUAGAACGGGGGUGUCUCCCUACUGUUUUCUGUGAUGUGCAUAUAUAUUAGAAUUGAUACUCUGCCUAGCUAAAACACUUUGGUGAACAGCUGUCUUCCAAAUAACUGCCAAUUUACCUUUGUCUUAAUAAUCCUGAAUAGAUCUUUCUUUUUUUGUUUUAUUCAGUCAGGUUCUGUAAUCUGUUUGAAGUAUGGGAAAAAUAGGUGUUCAAAUUACUUCAAGCAUUUUUCUAAGAUGUGUAUAUGAUUAAAUAAGAAAAUGAUCGUUACAUCUAGGGGCUUUUUAAAUGAUCCCAGUGAUCAUUUAAAAUGUGAUCUAGAAAAAGAAUAUGUUCUUUAGGAAAGAGAAGAAGGGGAAAAAAAGUAGUCCUAGUCAGUGUUAUAAUAGACAGCCCAGUUUAAGUAGCAUAAAGAAAUGUGCGUUAUAGUCUUGCCUCUAACUGUUGAAUGUCCUUGGUCAGGUCACUGAGCUUGCCUAAAUGUGUUUCCUCACUUAUAAAUAAGAGUGAGAUCCAAAUGCAUCAGAUUGUAUACCUUAAAUAUGUCCAUUGUUUUUGUAAAAGAAAAAAAUUUGCACUCAUUUUGAGUGAAUACACACACACACAAAGGGUGAGGGAAUUAGGCUAAAUGGCUUCUUAGAGGCCCCUUUCUGACUAUUUAAUUUUGAAAGGCAAACCAUACUAAUCCAGUCAUUUGUUAUAUUACACUUACGGUAUUGGUUUGUGAGAACAAUACAGAGAUUUUCACUUAGAUGAGGUGGUAUAUGUUCAUUAGACUAUACAGGAAUUUUUUUAGGGACUGUUCAACUUAAAACCUUUAAUUUGUGGGCUAAUAUAUUCAACAUACUAGAUGCAUAAAACAAACUUUCUCUUGCUGUUGAGCUUUAUGUAUCAUAAUUUAUCUAAGGUAAGCACAUGAUACAUUUCAGUUUGUGAUUACAAGCAGGUUAAAAAAUACUCCUUAAUUGUAUUAAAAAUAUAAUUUAAUGUGAGUUGUCUAAAGCAUCUUUGUAUGAUAGCAUAAGAACACCUUGGUAUGAUAAAAAGUUAUCCCAAUUUAUGAUCAUUUGAAUUCAUCCACUCUGAAAAUUAACAAUUACAUCUAAAAUUGGUAUGAUAAUCAAGAUUAGUAUUCAAUGAAAUUUAAAUAAAAUAAAUUUAAGCCAUAGUUAAAACCAUUGCUGCAUUCAUGAGUACCCUCAGGUACUACUGAUUCUACCCUGUGGUAAAAUCAGAAUGCUGACCCUCUAAUUCUGCUGCUUUUAGGAUAUGUUUUUGCUGGACUAACUGCCAGGGUUUCAUAAAUUUUUAAGGAAUUGUACUUUGGUGGCUCACUAAUAGGCCCUACAAAUUAUUUUUUAAUUGACUUUCUUAGAGCUAUAGGAGAAAAUCUGGCAAGGUGAGUUUAAUAUUUGGGGAAAAAAAUAUGACCAGAAAAAUACUUUUUAGAGAAAAUAAGCAAAACCUGAUAUCAAACAGGCAUUGUAAAGGUUGAGUUGUCCUAUCUGAAAAAAAUAUGCAAUAUGAUUUAUUACAUAAGUUACUUUACACCAGUGCUUAACAUUUAUGUCUUUAAUUACCCCUUACAUUUUAAUCUGCUGAUAGGAUUGGACAUCUAAAGAGAAAGCUAUGGAAUGACAUCUAAUGAGUAGGUCGGAUUUUUGAAAGCACUAUCUCUUAAAAAUGACUUAGAUCUUAGUACAACUCUCUAGAAAUUAAUACAAGUGGAAGUAUUUUAAAGCCAAUAAUGUUAUCAAACAAUCAUUUGCUGCUUUUCAUGUAUGUUGUAAUAUCAUAGAAACCUAUAAUAAUUGAACUGAUCAUUCUUAACAGACAACAUGAGCAGUGAUUUGGGUAUUAUUCAUUGUUACAUCUUUGGGUACAAACUUUACUGUCCAGUAGAAUGGGUUCAUUUAUGCUGCAAGAAGACAGUUAACUGGAGAUAGAAACACAGUAUCCAUGUAAUUUUUGGCGGAUACUCUGUUGUGUUUUUCACAGUCAGUUGUACCAAAUAACUCUUCAUGAAGAUGGUUUCAAGUUGAUCUUGUAUACAAACAAGUUCUGCAUCACUCCAUGACUGAACACUGAUUCAUGAAAUCUUCCCACGUGUUC